AUGGGAAGAAAGAUGGGGGAUGAAGAAAGGCAACAGGAUUCAGCAACCGGUCAACCACGUCCAACUUAUACCUCCUCUGCCACCUCGCAACAGGUCAAGCAUGCUCGAUUCACACGUAGCACGAGCCCUGAAGUUGGAAUGAAUAUGAGCACAUUAGGAAUUGAUUCUCCGCGCUGGACGGGAACCUUGUUUCCCUUACGCUGGGAACGACGGUGGGACCGCUUUUACGCCUCAGAAUGGACUCCUCCUCCUCAGAUCACCAUCGCAAACACACCGGACUGCCUUGCGACGACCAUUCGCGCGUCUAUCACUGCGUACAGAGCACAUGGAAGAGCAGUCUUGACAUACCAUCUCGACCGAUUUGAUGAAGGAACCGCCUGCAAUUGCCAUUGGCGAAGCGACACACACACCUGUACUCCAUCCAGUCUUUUGUUGUCCCGGCAUCUUGGUUCAGCAGCCAACGAACUCUGCCGUCUCACCACCCCCGCCGUGCUUUGUCGGCGUCGGGAUAUUAAUUUGGACAAUAUCACAGGGUUAUCAUUGGCUGCGUGA